GACCACAGGUGAAUGAAAAAUGAAUAGUUGAGAUUUGUCAAGCACUUACAUUCAAUCGACGAUUAGUGGAGCUAGUAUUCCCAAGCACUGUUUCCCAGUCGCCAUCCGGACGUCAGAGAGAAUUGGGGAAGCUUAUAAGAUAGCCCCAUCACCACUGGAUUUGCAGCAUGAUCUGACAGACUCUCGAGCAUCUUCUCAAUCUUCAGCUCUUUUGGCUAGGAGCACUCUCAGCUUUAUCCCACAACUCCGUUUAUCCAAGACCCAAAAGCCUCAAACAGUUCGCUUUCUUAAUUUGACAAUGCAGCAAGGAAGACGCUCUCUUGGCUCUAUGCCAUCAGGUUCAGCGGGUGUGUAUAAUGUUCAAAGAUUCCAAGCCACAGGACGAUCCAAAAGCUGACCUUUUGACAGGAAAACUUAAGCCACCGCCCAUUUCAGUGCCGCCUCCUCAGAGAGCUCCAGCCAGCAGGCCUGAUGGCAGGAUGUAUGUAUUGGUUAUUUGUGGUGUGGACAGACCUAAAUCGAACGCGGACGCCGGCAUAUUUGGCGAUUUCAUGGGAAUCUCUCUUGCGUUCAGAAAUCUUCUCAACACCUCUCUAGAAGGCACUUUUCUGUCCUGCUUUCCGUUGGACCAGCAUUUCGAGCAUCUCGGAAACCAAGGCAUCAAAGAUAUCAAAUUUGGAAAAUUUGGAGCCAACAAUAAGCCGCUUUUUGUUUUCACUCGCGAAAAAUUCGAGCAGAACCGUGACCAGCAAUGGUACGAUUAUGUGCCCCCUGGGCAGCUGAUGCAGGAGGUUGGUCUCUGGAUCCGUGCGAGGGCUCAGGAAACAGCCUCUGGGGAUGUGGUGAACAUCUUUUUCCAAUGUCACGGCUCGCAUAAUGGCGGAAUCGAGAUCGGGGAUUCCCUGGUAGCUUCAGAGUCAAUCGUACGGCUCCUGUCGCUGUUUAAACCAGGUGUUCAGGUGAAUGCCGUUGGCAGCCACUGUUAUUCGGGUCACCUUGUUGAGUUGAUAGCGGCCAGAAAUGAACUCGGUCGUUAUGCAGUCGCCGCAGCUGGAAAAGAUGAAAAACACUACGGAGCGACAAGAUCUGUUAGCAACAGAGUGAGAAAUUUUCGUUUCUCCCAGCCAUUUAUUCAGUCACUCGCCAAGAUAAAGCUCCCACAUCUCCAGCAGAAUCCUAGCGGACCUCUCACUGUCGAAACACAUGACAGGUAUAUGCAGGACGCUUUGGAAGCUAGCAUCGUGGGCAGUCCUAGGUCCACUUACACGAGUUAUCUCUCAGACGAAAAAGUAGCGGCUUUGGCACUCGUUGAGGAUCUCUUGCUGAGAGAUUCUGUGGAUGUGGAUUUUCAUUUGGAGUUAAUGCAUCGCCGGAGACGACGAGAGUGGCCAUCCAUGGACCUGACCGUCUUGAAUCAAAUGACGAUUCGACGGGAGCACCCUGACCCAGAAGUUCGACGAAGAGCUGCCGAUCUGGUUCGGGCAGAAGCUGCCGACUGCGAUUUCGACCAGCCACAGAGAGAAGACGGCGCGAUUCUAGGGGAGUUGGAGCUUGCAAACCCAAAUUAUUCCAUGUUGUUGCAAGCUUUGUACUGGCGGUCCCGCCAGCAGUCGGCUAUUUGGGACUUAUUUACAGUUCUUGUAGAACGCGGCUUUCUUGAUUAUCGAGUGAGUCUCGAGGCGCCCAUAAGCUUUGACCGUGGGACCGACUCCGUGGCGCUCGUUGAGCAGGUCCUGGUUUGUUUUGACGAGGUAAAGAGCCUGAUGGAGAAACGUCAUGAAGGCACUAAUCCUUUCUGCGAAGGGCUCGAGGGAGCAAUCAUUUGGCUUGCAGUAAUGAUAGCACGGGGUUGCGCGGAUCCGCCCAAGCUCUUUGACACUAUCGAGGCGACGGGAAUGCUCGGUAAAUUCAACAUGGAAACCGCAGAGCUGUUCGUCACUGGGCCGCGUCCAAGGACCAUUGUCUGUGACAGAUAUGCCAUGGCCGGGACAUCAAAGUCGUAUUUUGGCUUCUGGCUGCCUCACGGUGUUGGCGAGAACCGUAAUGAAAGAACCCUAGCCACGAAGAUCAGAGCAGCUCUCAAUAAGUUCAACCAAGUGGAAAGCUGCUAUAAGCAGUAUUUCCAACUUAGUGAUGACGAAUUACUGUUGGAGAUCCAACAGGACCCAUAUCUUCGAUCGCAUCCCAAUCGACAGCCGCGAUUCAAGCACAGCGGGCAAUGGGUCGAGGGUUAUCCCGCUUCGCCGCCUCUUUCUCCGACUGAUCCAUCCAUCCAGAGUAUCUUCUCUUCGUUUUUGACGCAUUGAAUUGUCACCAGAAUAGGGUUUAUUCUUGCAAAGGAGUGGACAGUCAUAGCAAGGCGCAGAAAAUCAAAUUGAAUAGACUUUUUCCGUUUUAUUAUUGAGAUUGAUUUAUCCGCAGCGUAUUUUCCAUCAGUGACUAUACCAAUUGCUCG